AAAUGAUUAUUUUCAAAUCAUGCGAUACAUACUAUACACAUUAAUAUUCUCUGUAAAGUAAAAAGCUCUAAAACUGAAAUUAUGUGUGUUUUACAUAACUUCAACAUUUCAACGGCUAUUUUAAAACAGGCAUCGCUUUGGCGGCUGGGUUUUCCUUUCAGGCGCUCACUCACAUGGCUGUUGAACACGACUGGAACUGUACGGCGUUAUUAGCCAUAUACAACUACAUCUGAUUAAUAUUUAUUUAUUGACUUCCGUAGGAUAGCUUUUCCAAUCCUGUUAACGCCUCGUAGCGACGAACAUUAACCGAAUAGAUCAGGAAACAUGCAGAACCCCGCCGCCCGUUAUUUAAUCUUUUUCCAGUAUGCAGGGACCAAAUAUAGCGGCGUGAUGAAAACAGCAGCAGAUCAAGCUGUAGAGGGGGUUGAGAACCAUGUGGAGAGUGCCGUGCGGAAACUAAAGCCGGUUAAUGAGGUGUCAGUGGUGAUCUCCAGCAGAACAGACACUGGUGUGCACGCCUUGUGUAACUCUGCACAUGUAGAUAUCCAGCGGAGAGGAGACAAGCCACCACUGCUGGAGCAAGACCUGGUUGAUGCCCUAAACUUCCACUUGAAAGCAGAACCUAUAAGAAUCACCAAGGCUUACCGUGUCCACAAUGACUUCCAUGCACGCUAUCGGGCCGUGUCACGCACAUAUGUGUACCGCUUUGCUUUGGGUCUCAGACAUCACACAGAAAUGCCAGUAACGGAGAGGGAUCUGUGCUGGGCAUUACGAGACACGAGGCUAAAUAUCGAUGCAGUUCAAGAGGCUGCUGCACUACUGUUAGGAACCCAUGACUUCAGCACCUUCCGUGCCUUGAGCUCAGAGACGCCCUUUAAGAACCCAGUGAAGACCCUAGAGAAGGCCCAGCUGGAAUCUGGGGUCUCGUUCAGUCAGAGACACUUUCACAGAGAUAUUCAGUUCUGGGAGCUCACUUUUAAAAGUAGGUCCUUUUUAUACAGACAAGUGCGGAGGAUGACUGGGGCGCUGGUUGCUGUCGGUCAGGGCAGACUGUCUGUUAGACGGAUCCAGGAGCUGCUAGAAGCACAAGAUUCAUUGGCGUUCCCUCAAAACAUGACGGCUCCAGCUCACGGCCUGUUCCUGACCGACGUACAGUACAGAGAUACAGAAAAUGAGGGACUAUAAGGGACUGUUUUCUACUAAUAAUCAACAGAAUGUCACAGACUCUUCUGAUAGAGCUUAAUCCAGGACAUUGAUCGCUUUGUUAUGAGACAUCAGGGUUCAUCUUACUGAAGUGCUCCUGGAUGCGGUUGAGGAUGUUCAUGCUGAAUCUGCUGUCCACCAUGUUGAUCGCCAGCCCCCUCUUGCCGAAUCGCCCAGUACGCCCGAUUCUGUGCAAAUACGUCUCGUUGUCAGGGUUUCCAUCCUUGUCCACUGGCAGAUCAAAGUUGAUAACGACUGAAACUUGCUCCACAUCAAUACCUGACAGAAGCGGCGUUUGGAAAAAGAAUCCAUUAGACAAAAUCUGCUCAUCCUGAACAGAAGAUGAGCUUGAACGUAAAGUGACAGACAGCCGACAUACCUCUAGCACAGACAUUAGUGGUAACGAGAACUUUCUCCUUGCCGUCACGGAAACGUUCGAUGACCGCUGCCCUCUGUUCCACCUGCAUCUCUCCACUGAGCAGCGCCACCUGGUGGCCUUCUCUGGACAGCUCUCCUGCCAGCCAGCCGGCGGUUUUCCUGGUCUGUGAUGGCAAAGCAUCCAUGUAUUACCACUUCUUUCAGUGAUUUAAAGUUGUACUCUGAACAAAUGAUAUUGUUACUUACGUGGCAGAAGAUCAUAGCCUGUGCGAUAGUAAUGGCUCCAUAAAUGUUGCACAAAGCCUGGAAUUUCUCCUCCUUGCUGUUGCAGAUGACGUAGUACUGCUUGAUGGUGUCCAGAGUUUCCUCCUCACGCUUCAGUUUAAUGAUGUUGGGGUCGGGAACGAUCCUCUUUGCAAAGUUCCACACGGUGUCUUCAAAUGUGGCAGAGAACAGCAGCAUCUGGCAAGUUUUAGGAAGCAUCCUGCAAAAGACCAAGAACAACAGCUUGUGAUACAUUAAUGCUGCAAUUCACCAAGACAAAUGUCUUCCUAAUGCUCUGAACUAAUUAAGGACAAUAUAUAAAGCAACAUCCUUAGCUGAUAAAACCUCAAUUUACUACAUAUCGACAGUAGGGAACCAAAAUUCAAAGAUCCCUAGCGAAACAGAAAUAUAUAAAUAAUAUAUAAAGCCAUUUUUGUUUUUUUAGAAGAUUAAUUAAAUUGUUAAUGUUUCAUGACAUCAUUUGCUUACCACCAUUUUUGAUAAAUUUGUAUUAAAUUUAAUAUAAAAUAAUACAUUUGUUGGACUUAUAUGUCCAGAACACCACAGAAAAUUAAUAUAUUUAAUCAAUUUUGUCAUAGCCAUUUAAAAAAUAAUAAUAAUGGAUGCUCAAUGCGGUCUUAGCUUUUAAAGGCCACUGUAGACAUUCGGCAAACUAUGAGAGUAAUCCUGUACCUCUGGAUACGAAUGCUCUGGUCCUGAUGGCCCUGUGUGGCGAUCAUGACAUCAGCUUCAUCCAGGACGAACACCUUGAUCCUCUUGGGCUCGAUGAAUUUAAGCUUCUGGCACCAAUCCAAAACUGUACCGGGAGUGCCAAUCACGAUCUGUUCCUGUAAUCUCGUCCCCCGCUCCACUGGACCAAGCAACACAUGAUAACAUGCACAAUUACAAGCUACCCCUCAGUAAUAAACACGUCAUUAUCCUUUGAUAGUUAUCUCAACCAUUCAAAAUCUGAAAGUCAAGAAAAUAUGCAGUAAUCGACACAUUCCAGAUAACGUGUUACUACAGAACUCCUAAAAUGAACGCGCUUACAUUUGUUUCCUCUGAUGGCGUACACCAGCUGGACUUCAGGGUAAAACUUGCCCAUCUGCUCGAUGACCUUGCCUGUCUGUAGGGCGAGCUCGUAUGUGGGGGACACACACAGACACUGGGCACAGACAGUCAGAGUGACAUUAACACCAAAAGAGCUGAAGUAUUUCCAUGCAUUACAUUCACUGACUCCGAUGCUUUCAUACCUGAGGCCAUUUGUUCUCAGGGUCCACGUGACUUAACAUGGCCAGCACAAAGGCAGCCGUUUUCCCCGUGCCUGACUGAGACUGAGCGAUCAGAUUCUGUGGACUGGACAGGAGAGGAUAUGAUGUGUUCAAAACUCUGCCCUCAUUAACAGUCCCUCCAGUUAUUCACAAUUCAGUGCUCAACAUAACAUCAUGCUUUUUGGGAUCCUGCAUAAUUCACCAUUUGACCACGAAAUAAUUGU